UUGCCUUACGCGCUGGCGUGCGCGGCCCCGCUCUCUCCCCGCGUAGCGCGGUGCGGCGGUCGCAAGAGCGGCGGGGCCGGAGGCGGCUGAGGCGGCCAUUCCUAGAGCGAGAGCGCAGCGCACUGAGUUUCCACCCCCCCACCCCCGUUAUUCCCCCGGGUGACUCACGCGCAGGAGAUGCCCUCGGCUACCAACAGCACUAUGGCGAGCAGCAGCGGGAAGGCGGGCCCGGGCGGCGAGGCUGCCCCGGCAGCGGCGGCCGCCCCGCAAGCAUCGGGCGGCAGCAUCACCUCGGUGCAAACCGAGGCCAUGAAGCAGAUCCUGGGAGUGAUCGACAAAAAACUGCGCAACCUGGAGAAGAAAAAGAGCAAACUUGAUGAUUACCAGGAACGAAUGAAUAAGGGAGAACGCCUGAAUCAAGACCAACUGGAUGCAGUGUCAAAAUACCAGGAAGUGACAAAUAAUCUGGAAUUUGCUAAAGAACUGCAGAGGAGUUUUAUGGCUCUGAGCCAAGACAUCCAGAAAACAAUAAAAAAGACAGCUCGCAGGGAGCAACUGAUGCGAGAAGAAGCUGAGCAGAAGCGUUUAAAGACUGUACUAGAGCUACAGUUUAUUUUGGACAAGUUGGGUGAUGAUGAAGUGCGCAAUGACUUGAAACAAGGAUCAAAUGGAGUACCGGUACUGACAGAGGAGGAACUGACAAUGCUGGAUGAGUUUUACAAGCUAGUUUACCCCGAACGAGACAUGAAUGUGAGGUUGAAUGAGCAGUAUGAGCAAGCAUCUGUUCACCUGUGGGACCUACUGGAAGGGAAGGAAAAAACAGUUUGUGGAACAACCUACAAAGCGCUAAAGGAGAUCGUUGAACGUAUUCUUCAAACUAGUUACUUUGAUAGCACCCAUAACCAUCAGAAUGGAUUAUGUGAGGAAGAAGAGGCAACACCUGCACCUGCAGUAGAAGACACUGUAGCAGAAGCUGAACCUGAUCCAGCGGAAGAAUUUACUGAACCAACCGAAGUUGAAUCAACUGAGUAUGUAAACAGACAAUUCAUGGCAGAGGCUCAGUUCAGCAGUAGUGAGAAGGAACAGGUAGAUGAGUGGACAGUUGAAACGGUUGAGGUUGUAAAUUCACUGCAGCAACAGACACAAGCUACAUCUCCUCCAGUUCCUGAACCUCACACGCUCACUACUGUGGCUCAAGCAGAUCCUCUUGUUAGAAGACAGCGAGUACAGGACCUCAUGGCACAGAUGCAGGGUCCAUAUAACUUCAUGCAGGACUCUAUGCUGGAGUUUGAGAACCAAACACUUGAUCCUGCCAUUGUAUCUGCACAGCCCAUGAAUCCAGCACAGAACUUGGACAUGCCACAAAUGGUUUGCCCUCCAGUUCAUGCCGAGUCAAGACUUGCCCAGCCUAAUCAAGUUCCUGUACAACCAGAAGCUACACAGGUUCCCUUGGUUUCUUCUACAAGUGAGGGUUAUACAGCCUCCCAACCCAUGUAUCAGCCUUCUCACACAACAGAGCAACGGCCACAGAAAGAAUCAAUUGACCAGAUUCAGGCUUCAAUGUCACUGAAUGCAGACCAGACGCCAUCAUCAUCAUCGCUUCCCACUGCAUCCCAGCCGCAGGUGUUCCAGGCUGGAUCUAGCAAACCUUUGCAUAGCAGCGGAAUCAAUGUUAAUGCAGCUCCAUUCCAAUCCAUGCAAACAGUAUUCAACAUGAAUGCACCUGUUCCUCCUGUUAAUGAGCCAGAAACCCUUAAGCAACAAAAUCAGUACCAGGCCAGUUACAACCAGAGCUUCUCCAAUCAGCCUCACCAAGUAGAACAAUCAGAUCUUCAGCAAGAACAACUCCAGACAGUGGUUGGUACUUACCAUGGUUCCCCGGACCAGACUCACCAAGUGGCGGGUAACCACCAGCAACCUCCCCAGCAGAAUACUGGAUUUCCACGUAACAGUCAGCCUUAUUACAACAGUCGAGGAGUGUCUCGUGGUGGAUCGCGUGGGGCUCGUGGCUUAAUGAACGGUUACAGGGGACCGGCAAAUGGAUUUAGAGGAGGAUAUGAUGGCUACCGUCCGUCCUUUUCCAACACUCCAAACAGUGGUUACACGCAGCCCCAAUUUAAUGCUCCUCGGGAUUAUUCAAACUACCAGCGGGAUGGAUAUCAACAGAAUUUCAAACGUGGCUCUGGACAAAGUGGACCUCGGGGAGCUCCUAGAGGUCGUGGAGGGCCCCCAAGACCAAACAGAGGGAUGCCUCAAAUGAAUGCUCAGCAAGUGAAUUAAACAAAUUCACAGGAUUACGUUAAACGCCAAAAACACACUGGCCAGUGUACUAUACAUGUUACCAGAAGAGUUAUUAUAUAUUUGUUCUCCCUUACAGGAAGUUUGUUGUAAAGGGACUAUUUUCAUUACCCAUAAUGACAGGACUACAGUUGCCAGCUUUAUAUUACCUGGAUAUGGAAAGGAACGAAACGACGUUUACUCUGCAUGUUCUGUCCUAAGCAUCAUCUUGAGCCUUGCACAUGAGAUUCAGAUUCCUCACCCUUGCUAAGAGUAAAGCAAAAAAGGCAAUUUUCAGGGUGAUCCAAUCUCCAUGGUUAACUGAAGAGGCAGGAAAAAGCAAAGACUCACUUCUGACAUUUAAGUGAUGUAACAAAUUUGGAUAAAAUCUGCAAAUUCGUAAAGAUUUACUGUGGUGGCAGUUGACAACUUAAUGUUCCCAUGAAAGGAUGGAAAAGGUGAAGUGUGGCUUGGUAGAGCAACUACAUUUCAGCUUUUUCUUAUUAAAUUGAAGCACUGAACAGUUAAAGAUGCGUAGUGAUGCAUAUUUCCCUAAAUAGACAAAUAGGCUUAUAGCCAGUUUUUGACAAAGAAGAAGCACCCUUAGCUACAGCACUCCUCGUCACCAGGGCCCUCUUUACUGUGGCUAAGGAUUUAAGAUCGCUUGCAUAACUGCUAAUGUAAUGGUGUAAUUUUUUUAAAAAAAAAAAAAAAAGAAAAGAAAAAAGCUUUGAUUUGGCACUUCAGCAAAAUUUUGCAACAGAUGUGAGAUAUAAUCUGGAUGGCCACUGUAUAUUUGAUGUGAAGUAUUUAGAUAUCUCUUCGAAACACUUUUUAAGUUUCUUUGAUAGCAAUGACUUUUGUAAGGAUUGGUACUCUCUAUCAUUCCUUAUGACUUGCACAUUGUCUGUCACUAAUACUUGACCUUGCUGUAUUAUCACCUAAAUAACUGAUGCCGGUACUGAUGGAAAUCUCUAAUGGAUAAUCAUAACACUUUUGGUCACAUGUCCGUUUGUCUUUCCUGCAGCCUUGAAGGUUUUAAGAAAUCUCAAAUGCCCGCUGCUGCUGCCCUUUUAAUUGCUCUCUUUUGAAAAGCACCAGUAUGUGUUUGAAUUGAUUUCCCCUUUUAAGGGAAAUGACAGCCAGCAGUUACAGUUCUAAUGGUAUAAGUAAGACAAAUAAAACAUGUUUAUAAAAAUUGUA